GAUCCAUAAAUGAAUGGUGUGGGCUCGCCGGCCACACCAUGCAAGCCCAAUCCCUGAUUGGUUAUGAAUAAACAUUGUCAGAGUAUAUAUAUUGUGGUAGGCGUCACAGUUCCAAGAAACGAGAACACUGAAACUUCCAAGUUUCCAACAAAGCAAAUACAUUCAUUCGUGUCCCAGUAUUUAUUCUUUAUUAGCCUAUCACAGCACGAGAAUGAGGGCACAAAUCCAAAAGGUACCACAGAUAGUAGAAUUGUUAAAAAAGAAAACGGUUGGUUUGCAGCACUUCAAGCCAACAUCUUCAGUGUGCGUCCUGGACCCGAAGGAUGCUACAUUGGUUGCGCCUUGUCGACACAGUCUUCCCUCGCAGACUCAGAGCCUGGACUCGAUACCUGGACCCACCAACUGGCCCUUAUUUGGCAGUUUGAUAGAACUACUACUCAAAGGAGGGCUGCAAAGACAACACAAUGCAUUGAUUGAUUACCAUAAGAAAUUCGGAAAGAUUUUCCGGAUGAAACUCGGCUCCUUUGAAUCGGUCCAUAUUGGCGCACCUUGCUUAGUGGAGGCACUCUACAGAAAGGAGAGCGCUUACCCACAGCGUCUGGAGAUCAAACCCUGGAAAGCAUACCGAGACUUAAGAGACGAGGCAUAUGGACUUCUCAUUCUGGAAGGGGAAGACUGGCAGAGGGUGAGAAGCACGUUUCAGCAGAAAUUGAUGAAACCCACAGAAGUCGCGAAACUUGAUGGAAAAAUAAACCAGGUGUUGGCCGAUUUCGUUAGUAGAAUUGGGCAAGUGACUGACAAUGGACAAUUUGUGGACUUGUACUUCGAAUUGAAUAAAUGGUCAAUGGAGACCAUUUGCUUAGUGCUCUACGACAAACGCUUCGGACUUCUGCAUGACAAUGUCAACGAGGAGGCUAUGACCUUUAUCACAUCCAUAAAGACGAUGAUGAGCACAUUUGGCGCCAUGAUGGUCACGCCAGUGGAGCUCCACAAAAAACUGAACACCAAAACAUGGCAGGACCACACCACGGCAUGGGACCGUAUAUUCAGUACAGCCAAAGUCUACAUAGACAAGAAGAUAAAGCGCCAUGCAGGGGCAACAGGGCCCAGUGACGACUUCCUGUGUGACAUCUACCGCCACAGUCACCUGUCCAAGAAAGAGCUGUACGCCGCCAUCACAGAGCUCCAGAUCGGAGGAGUGGAGACGACUGCCAACAGCAUGCUGUGGGCUAUUUUCAACCUCUCCCGUAACCCCUGCGUUCAGAAGAAGCUGCUCCAAGAAAUCAGAGAGGUUCUGCCUGCUAGUCAGACUCCCAGUGCCAAGCACCUCCAGAGAAUGCCUUACAUCAAGGCCUGCCUCAAGGAAUCCAUGAGGUUAUCGCCGUCAGUUCCCUUCACGAGUCGGACCUUAGACAAAGACACUGUGUUGGGGGAUUACUCCAUUCCCAAGGGGACAGUGUUGAUGAUCAACAGCCAUGCUCAGGGUGCCAAUGAGGAAUACUUCCACGACAGCAGCCGGUUUAAACCAGAGCGUUGGCUAAAAGAGAGCAGUACCAUCAACCCCUUUGCCCAUGUGCCGUUUGGUGUUGGGAAGAGGAUGUGUAUUGGGCGGCGUCUGGCAGAGCUACAGCUGCAGUUGGCACUCUGCUGGGUCAUCAGAGAUUAUGAAAUUGUGGCGACAGAUAGUGAACCAGUUGAAACGAUCCAUUCGGGGACGCUUGUUCCCAACCGUGAACUCCCUGUGGCUUUCAUUAGACGAUGAGGCUUCAAACACAGAUCAUUUGGACCUCACUACAGAAAGAUAAUAGAUCUAGACCUGAAUGUCCAGAGAGACUCCCUUUAUUGCUGCUCUGUAAAUAACAAAGAGAAAAUAUCAGAUCUAACUAUAUUUUUAUGUAAUCCUGUCACAUAUACCUCAAACUAAUAUAAAUGCAUUUAAACUAUCAACUAUGAGAGUUAGCCUACUUGUUGACCAAUAACUUUUAGCUUGUGUUGUAAGACAACUGCACUUUACUGCCCACUAAUCUUAAACAACUGUUCUUAUGUCAAAAAUGUUAAAUAAAUUAUGACUUUUGUAUAUGUUGUCUUUGUAUGUUAAAGUAUAUACAUUACAUGAAUAAAGGCUAC